AGUACUGUAUUUCUCAACCAUUUCCUCAAAAAAAAUUUUCCAUGAUGACCAAAACGUAUAAAUUAGAGAGAGAAGAAGAAAGAAGAGAGAGAAGAAGAAGAAGGAGAAGAAUGGGAGCCACGAAGUUCCAACAAAGGAGCAAUACUUUCAGGGAAAUUCUUGAAUGUUUCCGAAACUAUAGAUUUGAGGGAGGAAUUCUGGAAUUAAUAAACAACCAGAGGAGAUAUUCAAUAUGGCAACUAAGGCAAAUAUUACUGUUGGGUCCCAUGUUUGGGUGGAAGAUCCAGAUAUAUGUUGGGUUGAUGGGCAAGUGGUAAAAGUUAAUGGUGAAGAACUUGAAAUCAAAACUUCAAAUGGGAAGCAGGUUACAACAAGUCGAUCAAAAAUUUAUCCAAAGGAUAUGGAAGCCCCAGAUGGUGGAGUUGAUGACAUGACAAAGCUUUCAUACUUGCAUGAGCCUGGAGUGCUGCAGAAUUUAGGAACCCGAUAUUCACUUAACGAAAUCUAUACUUACACUGGAAAUAUUCUCAUUGCUGUAAAUCCAUUCCAAAGACUACCCCAUAUAUAUGAUAUUCAAAUGAUGAACCACUACAAAGGGGCAGCACUUGGAGAGCUCAGUCCUCAUGUUUUUGCACUUGGUGAUGUUGCAUUUAGGGCAAUGAUAAAUGAGGGUAAAAGCAAUUCCAUUUUGGUUAGUGGCGAAAGUGGGGCUGGCAAGACAGAGACUACUAAAAUGCUUAUGCGUUACCUUGCCUAUUUGGGUGGUCGUGCUGCUACAGAGGGACGGACUGUUGAACAGCAAGUGUUGGAGUCAAACCCAGUUCUAGAAGCUUUUGGCAAUGCAAAAACAGUUCGUAAUAAUAAUUCAAGUCGCUUCGGUAAAUUUGUUGAGAUACAAUUUGAUAAGCGCGGAAGAAUAUCAGGAGCGGCCAUCAGGACAUAUCUCCUUGAAAGAUCCCGUGUUUGCCAAAUUUCGGAUCCUGAGCGUAACUACCACUGCUUUUAUCUUCUCUGCGCAGCACCGAAGGAGGAAGUGGAGAAGUAUAAGCUUGGAGAUCCAAGAUCAUUUCACUAUCUUAAUCAAUCAAAUUGUUAUGAGUUAGUUGGAAUUAAUGAAGCACAAGACUAUCUUGCUACAAGGAGAGCCAUGGGCAUUGUUGGAAUAAGUAAGGAAGAGCAGGACGCAAUAUUUCGAGUGGUUGCUGCAAUUCUUCAUCUCGGUAAUAUAGAAUUUUCCAAGGGUGAAGAAAUUGAUUCGUCUGUUCCUAAGGACGAUAAGUCCAAGUUCCAUCUUCAGACAACAGCUGAGCUUCUGAUGUGUGAUCCUGUUGCUUUAGAAGAUGCUCUUUGCAAACGUGUAAUGGUUACUCCUGAAGAAGUAAUCAAGAGGAGCCUUGACCCAGGGGCUGCCACGACUAGCAGAGAUGGUCUAGCAAAGACAAUAUAUUCCCGCUUGUUUGAUUGGCUGGUGGAUAAAAUCAAUAAAUCAAUUGGUCAAGAUCCUAACUCCAAGUGUUUGAUCGGUGUCCUUGACAUUUAUGGUUUUGAGAGCUUCAAAACUAAUAGUUUUGAGCAGUUUUGCAUCAAUUAUACAAAUGAAAAGCUGCAACAACAUUUCAAUCAGCAUGUUUUCAAGAUGGAACAAGAGGAGUACACGAAGGAGGAAAUUGAUUGGAGCUAUAUUGAAUUUGUGGAUAACCAAGAUGUUUUGGAUCUUCUUGAAAAGAAACCUGGAGGAAUCAUUGCACUGCUUGAUGAAGCUUGCAUGUUUCCAAAGUCGACUCAUGAAACCUUCUCGCAAAAGUUAUAUCAGACUUUUAAGACUCAUAAGCGCUUCGUCAAGCCAAAAUUAUCACGUACCGAUUUUACCCUUGCUCAUUAUGCUGGAGAGGUUCAAUACCAAUCUGAUCAAUUUCUGGACAAGAACAAAGACUAUGUCGUCCCAGAACAUCAGGACUUGUUGAGUACUUCCAAAUGUUCUUUUGCAGCAGGCCUUUUCCCUGUACUUCCUGAGGAGACAACCAAGUCCUCGAAGUUCUCAUCUAUUGGUUCUCGUUUUAAGCUUCAACUGCAACAACUGAUGGAAACACUAAAUUCUACAGAACCACACUACAUCAGAUGUGUAAAGCCAAAUAAUCUUCUUAAGCCUGCUAUAUUCGAGAAUAUGAAUGUCAUGCAGCAACUUCGUUGUGGUGGUGUUCUUGAAGCAAUCAGAAUCAGCUGUGCUGGAUAUCCCACACGCAGGAAUUUUUUUGAAUUCAUUAAUCGAUUUAAACUUCUUGCUCCUGAAGCUGUAAAAGAGAACAAUGCUGAAAAGGUCGUCUGCUCAAAGAUCUUGGAAAAGAUGGGGCUAACUGGUUACCAGAUUGGGAAAACUAAAGUUUUCCUGAGAGCUGGUCAGAUGGCUGAGCUAGAUGCACGCAGAUCAGAGAAACUUAGCAAUGCUGCAAGGACCAUUCAAAGGAAAAUUAGAACUCAUAUUUCCCGUCAGUAUUUUCUUGCCUUGCGCAAUACUGCCGUUGUUAUACAAACGUCAUGGAGGAGAAAAUUUGCGUGCCAGGUUUUUGAAAAUUUGCGAAGAGAGGCGGCUUCCAUAAAAGUACAGAAGAACUUGCGUAGACACUUGUCCAGAAAAUCCUAUAAACGAAUGCAAUUGUCGGCGCUCACCUUACAAACAGGGUCAAGGAUCUUGGCUGCUCGCAAUGAGUUCAGAUUUAAAAAGCAAACAAAAGCAGCAAAAAUAUUGCAGGCUUUUUGGCGAUGUCACUUAGCAUAUUCAUACUAUAAGAAGCUCAAAUGGGCAGCUGUUCUUACACAAUGCAGGUGGAGGGGGCGGCUAGCUAGAAAAGAAUUGAGAAAGCUGAAGAUGGCUUCGAGAGAAACCGGUGCACUCAAAGAAGCAAAGGAUAAACUUGAAAAGAAGGUUGAAGACCUCACUUGGCGUCUACAACUUGAAAAACGUUUACGGACGGAUCUGGAGGAGUCCAAGCAGCAGGAAAUAGCAAAGUUACAAAAAUCCUUGCAAGAUAUGCAGAGUAAAAUUGAUGAGUCAAAUGACUUGCUUGUCAAGGAGCGUGAGGCUUCUCAGAAAGCAGUCAUAGAGGCAGCAUCUGUUGUCAAAGAAACUACAGUAGCUGUCGAAGAUACUGAAAAGAUUGACACUUUAAAUGUAGAGAUAGACAAUUUAAAGGCCUCGUUAGAGUCAGAGAAAGAAAAAUCUGAUGAGUGGGAAAGGAAGUAUAAUGAAGCUCAUGAAUCAAGUGAAGAGAAGCGUAAAAAAUUAGAAGAAACAGAAAGAAGAGUUCAUCAACUUCAAGAUUCUCUUAAUAGGCUUGAGGACAGACUUACCAAUUUAGAAUCUGAGAACAAAGUUCUUCGUCAACAAGCUAUAACCAUGGCACAGAAUAAUAAGCUUUUGGCAGCACGCUCUAGAUCAUUAAUGCAGAGAACUGAAAGUACAAGAAGUGUGGAACUGAGGAGUAGUACGUCCAUGAACUCAAGGGAUCCUGCCGAGGUAGAGGGGAGAGCACAGAAAGCACUUAAUGAGAAACAACAGGAGAAUCAAGACUUGCUCAUCCGAUGUAUAGCUCAGCAGCUUGGGUUCACAAAAGAUCGGCCUAUUGCAGCAUGUAUUAUAUACAAAUGCCUAAGGCACUGGAGAUCGCUUGAAGUGGAGAGAACAAGCAUUUUUGACAGAAUCAUUCAAACAAUUGGCCAUGCAAUAGAGGCUCAGGAUAAUAAUGACAUCUUAGCUUACUGGCUGUCAAAUACAUCAUCCCUGUUACUGCUGUUACAACGCACACUAAAAUCAGCAGGUGCAGCUGGAAUGCCCCCACAGCGGCGGCGCACUUCAGCUGGCCUCCUCGUGAGGAUGACCCAAAGUUUCCGCGGAAUUCCUCGGAAUGUGGAUCUUUCUUCAGUUGAUGGUGGAACAAAUGGUGGAAUUGAUGGCUCCUUGAACCAGAUUGAGGCCAAAUAUCCUGCAUUGCUUUUCAAACAACAGUUAACAGCCUAUGUAGAGAAGAUAUAUGGAAUGAUCCGUGAUAACCUUAAAAAGGAGAUAUCUCCUCAGUUGGGCUUAUGUAUUCAGGCGCCAAGAAAAGUGAACUCAGUUACUGUUGGUAGUCCAGCAGCUCAACAGACACUGUUUACUCACUGGAAAGACAUUGUACAGAAAUUAAGCAAUUACCUCAAUGUGAUGAAAACUUAUCAUGUGCCAUCAUUCCUCAUGCGGAAAGUAUACACUCAAGUAUUUUCUUUUAUCAAUGUACAGUUGUUCAACAGCCUUCUGUUGAGACGGGAGUGCUGUUCUUUUAGCAAUGCUGAAUAUGUCAAGGCAGGGCUAGCAGAAUUAGAAAAUUGGUGUUAUGAUGCUGCUGAAGAGCAUGCAGGUUCAGCUUGGGACGAGCUGAAGCACAUCAGACAAGCUAUUGGUUUCCUGGUCAUUCAUCAGAAGCCUCAGAAAACUCUAGAUGAAGUUAGUCACGACCUUUGCCCAGUGCUUAGCAUUCAGCAGCUCUACAGAAUCAGUACAAUGUACUGGGAUGACAAAUAUGGCACACAUAGUUUGUCUCCUGAAGUUAUAUCGAAUAUGAGAGUCUUAAUGACCGAAGAUUCAAACAAUGCUGUCAGUAGCUCUUUUCUACUGGAUGAUGACUCAAGUAUACCAUUUUCAGUGGAUGACUUGGCAAAGUCUACAGAGCAGAUUAGUAUCUCAGAAAUUGAACCUCCCCUUCUCAUUCGAGAUAAUGCAGGAUUCAGUUUCUUGUUGGAAGCAUAGGUCAUAUUUGAUGAUCAACCUCCAUUGUACUUUCCUUUCUCUCUUCUCCCUGAAGCUUCUGGAGGGUUUAUGGACUUAAUCUAAGAGAAGGAAAAAGAUUUUAGUGUAAGGAAUGUACAUUCUGCUCUCUCUGCUCUAUACGAAAAAUGCAGUCAUCGGUACUUUUUCGUUCUUAUUGGGGCGUGGCGAACUGGGUUACUUAAAUACAUCGAUGAGGGCUUAUCUACAGAGUCAUAGAACAAUUCUUGUUUCAGAUAAUUAGAUUGGUCAGUUUGCUUGAAUACUAAUCAAGAAUUUAGGAGGUUUUACGUACAGGAUUAGGACGAAAAAGUAUGGAUAAGUUAUCUCCUGAGAGAGGAAACUACAGUAUCUGUAUAGUAGAUAGAGACAUUAGCUCAUCUUCCAUGAAGAAAGUGCCAAAAUUUUGCUGCUUAUUUACUUGUCAUCUCAUGUAAUAUUUAUGUCACUUGUACAAGUACUGCUUGUGAAUUGUGAUAUUAGUUGAAUAGAGUUAUUCCACUUUGUAGUCACUGAUUAAUUGUGUUUAUACAUAUAAUGCAGUCUUGUAUGCUGCUUUUUUUUUUAUGUAA